AUGCAGCCACCCGCUCUCGCAUCUCUUCCUGUCAUUCUUCGGAAAGACGACAGCCUUGUUGUCGCCUCCUUUUCAGAGCAGCAGCGCACACUGACGGAGGUGGAGGGCACUCUUAUGACGGGCGAUUAUCGCGAAUGUGAGGUGCAAUUUAAUCCUGUGAAAAAGACCGCCUUUGCCCAUGCGACGACGACACAUGUGCGCUACAGCGAGUUGGUGCCAACGCAAGAUGAAAAUUUAUGGGGGUUGAAACAAAUUUUUGAGGUGGAGGAGCGGAACGUUGUGGCGCUAUCGUUCUCAACGCUUGGUACUGUACUUGUGACAUAUGCCAUGAUGGACAGCAGGCGGCCGGAGGGCAACAUGGUUCUCUACGAUGUGGAUACAGGAAAUGUGCUUCGUCGCUGCGUACAGGCCCGCUGGCCUGGCAUGGUGUGGACAAGUGACGAAUUGUAUUGUGUUCGACCCGUGCAAGGAUUUCUUCACGUAAUGGAUGGUAAUCUCCGAAAGGGUGAGGUACCGGUGCUCUUCAAGAUGGAUCUUCAACUACCACAAGACAAGGAAAUUGAGUUGUCCAUGUGCCCAGGAAGUAUUUCUCUUCUUGCCCUAUUUAAGCCAUUCCAAAAACAAGUACAAGGCACGCUCUUUAUCUACCGGCUGCCUAAUCUCUUGGAGGGUUUGAUUUAUCAGGUGCCAUUUGGACGUGCGGAGUCCGCAACAGUGCUUUGGAGUGGCUCUGGAAACCACAUUGCGCUCUUGGUCAAAUCGGAGAGUGACAAGAGCGGUAGGAGCUAUUAUGGCACUGUGGCGUUUUUCCUUGUAAAUGUUACGGGCCGCAGUAUAAAAGAGAUCAAGUUCCCCAGCGGGGAGUCCGUGCAUGACUGCCAGUGGAGUCCGACGACGGAUCAAGUAAUGGUGAUACACGGCACAAUGCCACGCAACAAGACGACAUUAUAUGAUAAGACGGGUGUGGCGCUUAUGACGUUUGGUGAGGCGCCGCGGAAUACCAUUCUUUGGGCGCCAAAUGGCCGUUAUUGUGCAUUGGGUGGCACAGGGAAUCUUGCGGGGGAUUUUGUCUUUUUCAACUUGCACCCUUCCGACAGCAACAACAACAUGAAAAAUAUUCACAAGGAUAAAAACACGAGGGCACCGAUGGCACCAAAGCCAGUGGCAGCAUCCUCUUCUGAGGCGGCGGUAAUGAUUGGUGAGUUUAACGAGAAGAGCAGCGUGCAAAUGUGGGCACCCGACUCUCAUAACUUUUUUUGUGCCACUAUCUUUACCCGUCUGCGUAUUGAUAACAAACUUGUGUUCUUUAAGAAGAACGGUGAACAUCUUCUGACACAGAAAUAUCCCAUGCUUUAUGGGGCGCAUUGGGUACAAACUCAAGACACGCGUUUGUAUCCUGUUCGUUCAGCCUCUCCGCGCAAGGAGACGGAUAAAUCUUCCAAGCCGCAACCGUACAGGCCACCUCAUGCAAGUGCAGCAGCCGCAGCGCUCUUGCGUCGCCCAGAUUCUUCCGCGCCGAUGCAGGUGAAACCCACGGUUCCUCCUGGUGCUACCGUUGUGGUGCAGAAGAAGAAAAGGCGUUAA